UUUACGGCGAGUUUGUAUUGCUGGAUGCUCAAAGCGGGUCUGUACAUUUUGAUAACGAUUUGUCAAACCUGACAAGGACUGGAGACGUUUGGCAGACUGCGGUGCACCUUUCCCCGGCAGCGUCUCGUCAUGCUGCCGGGCUGGUUGUGCCAAGUCUGCCGCAACAGAGCCCGUUGGCACCACCUGCCUUCGCGGUUUCUGAGCUGGUCACCGCGGCAAAUCAGUAGGUGGAACAAGCCGGAGUCCACCGAGUCUUCCCCGCCGGAGAACCCCCGCGUACUCAUCACAGGAGGCCUUGGACAACUGGGCGUUGGCCUCGCUCAGCUCCUGAGGAAGCAGUACGGGACGGAUAACGUGAUCCUGUCAGAUGUAAAGAAACCUCCGGCGGAAGUGUUUAACAGUGGUCCGUUUGUCUACGCGGACGUCCUGGACUAUAAGAACCUGCGGGAGCUGAUCGUGAACAACCGCAUCACCUGGCUGGUGCACUACAGUGCCCUGCUGAGCGCCGUGGGGGAGGCCAACGUGGCCCUGGCCCGCCAGAUCAACAUCACAGGUCUCCAUAACGUGCUGGACCUGGCCCUGGAGAACUGCCUCCGUCUGUUCAUCCCCAGCACCAUCGGUGCCUUUGGCCCCUCCUCCCCGCGUGACCCCGCCCCCGACCUCUGCGUGCAGAGGCCGCGCACCAUCUACGGGGUCUCCAAAGUGCACGCCGAGCUGAUGGGGGAGUAUCUCCACCACAAGCACGGCCUGGACUUCCGCUGCUUGCGAUACCCUGGGAUAAUUUCGGCGGACACGCAACCCGGAGGAGGGACCACAGACUACGCCGUGCAGAUCUUCCACGACGCCCUGCGCACCGGCCACUUCGACUGCUACCUGCGCGCCGACACCCGCCUUCCCAUGAUGCACAUCGGCGACUGCCACCGCGCCACGCUGGAGUUCCUGCAGGCGUCCGAGUGCCAGCUCUCCCUGCGCACCUACAACAUCGCCGCCGUGAGCUUCACGCCCGAGGAGGUGGCCCAGGAGAUCCGCAAGCACCUCCCCCACCUGAGGGUCACCUACACCCCCGACCUUGUCCGCCAGACCAUCGCGGACAGCUGGCCGAUGCGUUUCGACGACAGCAACGCGCGGCGGGACUGGGGCUGGAAGCCGGUGUUCGGCCUGCCAGAGCUGGUCACCGACAUGCUGGGGACCAUCCGGGAGCAGAGGGCCAGGGAGGACCUGCCGGCCAGGGAGGGUCUACCGGUCAGCUAGCGCCAUAGCCACACUCAGCGUUACCUCAGAACUCACACACACCCUUCACCCUAUACCCUCAGCAUUACCCCUGCGCACACACCCUUCACCCUAUACCCUCAGCAUUACCCCUGCACACACACCCUUCACCCUAUACCCUCAGCAUUACCCCUGCACACACACCCUUCACCCUAUAACCUCAGCAUUACCCUCGA